CUACAAUCUUUAAGCUUACACAGUAGAAUUCGAGCCAGAUAUCUACAAUCUUUAAGCUUACACAGUAGGAUUCCAGCCAGAUAUCUACAAUAUUUAAACUUACACAGUAGGAUUCCAGCCAGAUAUCUACAAUCUUUAAGCUUACACAGUAGAAUUCGAGCCAGAUAUCUACAAUCUUUAAACUUACACAGUAGGAUUCCAGCCAGAUAUCUACAAUCUUUAAACUUACACAGUAGGAUUCCAGCCAGAUAUCUACAAUCUUUAAGCUUACACAGUAGGAUUCGAGCCAGAUAUCUACAAUCUUUAAGCUUACACAGUAGGAUUCGAGCCAGAUAUCUCCAAUCUUUAACCAGAUAUCUACAAUCUUUAAACUUACACAGUAGGAUUCCAGCCAGAUAUCUACAAUCUUUAAACUUACACAGUAGGAUUCCAGCCAGAUAUCUACAAUCUUUAAGCUUACACAGUAGGAUUCCAGCCAGAUAUCUACAAUCUUUAAACUUACACAGUAGGAUUCCAGCCAGAUAUCUACAAUCUUUAAGUUUACACAGUAGGAUUCCAGCCAGAUAUCUACAAUCUUUAAACUUACACAGUAGGAUUCCAGAUAUCUACAAUCUUUAA